AGGGCGGGCGCGGAUGGCGCCGGGCGGGGGGGAAGGAGCCGCCGCCCCGCCCGCCUCAGUCACCGGCGGAGCCGCAGCGAGCGCAGCGCUGUCCCUUCAGCACCGCUCCCCCCGCGGACACCGCGGGCUCCACACCGGCCCCGCCGCCGCCUCUCGCCGCCUGCUUGGCAGUCUGGAAAGCCGGCUGCAAGGAUGGUGAAGCUGGGGAGUAAUUUGAACGACAAGAACAACAAACCACCAUCCAACGAAGAUGGUUUUCAGACAGUUCCUUUGAUCACGCCUUUGGAAGUAAACCACCUGCAGUUCCCGGCUCCGGAAAAGGUAAUUGUGAAAACAAGAACAGAAUAUCAGCCUGACCAGAAGAACAAAGGAAAACUCAGAGUGCCCAAAAUUGCUGAAUUCACAGUCAGUUUCACUGAUGGGGUAACAGAAAGACUAAAGGUCACCAUCCUCAUAAGCCUGGCUCUUGCAUUCCUUGCCUGCAUAGUGUUCCUUGUGGUGUACAAAGCCUUCACUUAUGACCACAGUUGCCCAGAUGGAUUUGUUUAUAAGCACAAGCGCUGCAUCCCCGCCUCGCUGGACGCCUACUACUCGGCACAGGAUUCCAACUCGCGGGGCCGCUUCUACACCGUCAUCAGCCACUACAGCAUGGCCAAGCAGACCAGCUCCAGGGCCGUGUCCCCCUGGCUGCCCUCGGGCUCGGCCAGCCACGACAGCAAGGCUGCCAAGACAGAAGGUCAUUAGAGGGAGCAGAGAGAGCGGGCGGCGCCGGGCGGGCGGGGGACACCGCGAGUCCGAGCGCCAGGAGGGACCCGCCCGGGGCAGCAGCAGCUUCAUGGGUAUUUCUUUUCGUGCGUUGUUCUCGUUGAUUUGUAACCGAGUCGAGCUCUUGUACAAAGGCAUGUUUGAUGUUGACUGUACCUUAACGAUGUAAAAAUAUUUUUAAAUCAUUGCUUAACUAUUUGUUAGAAAAAUAAAUUAAAAAACAAAAAAAGCAAGUUAGGUAAACAGCCAGAGAGGAUAAAAGCAGCAAAGAGAAUCCCACCAAAUUUUGUCAGUGCUGGAAAGCUGUGACAGAGGCUCCACAGGCACUGAAGGAAGAGCUGGAAUCCUUUCAAGAGGUACAAAGGUUCAAUUCUGGUACAAAGACAUUGUGGUGCUGUUUGGUUUGCCAAAGGGGAAAUACUUUGCUGUCAGAUUGAAUCCAGUGUCAGUGUUCACUCACUGAUAGAGAAAUACAAGCAUCCCCUCCUUCCCCAGACAUGUUCCCAUGCAAACACAACCCUGCACAGUGCCCCAAGGAAAUCCAGAAGGUCCCUGGCAUUCCUAAUGAGCCACCAGAGUGCUGCUGGUCCUGGCCAGGCUCUGGGGCUGAAAUCCAGGCUGCUGGAUGGAGCAGGAUGGGAGCAGGCAGAGGCUGUUUAGUGAAAUCUUGAAUAAACUUUUGAGCACAGGACUCAGAGUCAGGAGUUCAGCACUCUUCUGCUUCUGGCAUAGAAUCCCUGCAUUAGCUUUGGCAAUUUCCAUGAGGCUUCAUCCUUUGGGAAUCUCUCCUGAGGGUGACCAAAACUCAAAGAAAUGCCAUUAUGAUCAGAAGAACAUCUCAAACAUGCUGUUACUAUUGAGCCUCUAACUUUUCAGCCUCUAAUUUUCCCAUGAAAUGGGAUGCUCCUGCUUCCCUCCUUCAGCUUCAGUUCCUUCAGCAUUUCCUGUCAUUCCAGGUCACUGGAGAGAGGCACAAAUCAAAUCUCUGCUUGCAAACCCAGAGCAGACCCCAAGCUUAAUCCAGUCCUGCCCAGAGGAGCACAUCAUCUCCCCACAAAUGGCACUUGGGAUCAGUGCAGGCUGGUGGGAUUUAAGAACCCCCAAGGAUUCUCUUUUUUCAGAGCUGCAGGAGCAGGAGCAGAGUGCACAGGCAGGGCAAGGCUCACCUUGGGCUGAGCUGCUUUUUCAGAUUCUUGGCUGGACUGGGAUGGAAAUUAGGAACUGGCCCCUUCUUCCCUCGCAUUGGGCAGUUUUGUCCUCCAUGUCAGAGACACUGGGCAGUGUGUGAGGGCAGAACUCCCCAGUCCUGCAGGCAUCAUGAGAAAUAACUGUAUAGUGUAGCUAAAACUGUCGUGCCAAACGCCAUCGUCUGACUCCCUCUCCUCCUCCCCCUUCCACCUGUAAAUUCAUUUCUCACUCAAAAUGUACAAACCAGCCCCUCCACCAACAACCCCGACUCCAGCAAAACCACUGAACAGUUUAUAAUUUUGUGGUGUAUUUUUUGUCAGUAGGUAGCAGAGACUGAAGUAUUUUUUGGUGUAAUUCUUGAACUUUUCUGACGGGAUUAAAAUAAAGUUCGAUGUGACUGAG